CGGAAGUUCAGGUCGAGGACAAAAUGGCGACCUUGCAAACAUUUUUCCGGCAGGGCAUCAGACUUUUGCCGCAAACGGGGCGAUGUAGGUGCCAAAUUUUUGCAAGUCGACCAAUUUCAACAUCUGACAGGAGCAAAGAGCUGGGUGUAGUCACCGGAAAUGAGCCUAUGAUUGACAAAGCUGACGAAUUGAAACGUUUAGAAGAACAUUUUGCUGACGCUGAUCCAACAAAAUUAAAGAACUGGCAGUCCUAUGGUUGGUCUGAUUAUGACCGGGAGGCAGACAGUUUUCAUCAGGCUUGCUCCAUGCUGGGAUUGAUCACAAUUGGACUCGUUCCUGGUAUUUUCCUUAUGAUGUAUUCACCAGAUUUUAGGCUACGAGACUGGGCGACACGUGAGGCGUAUUUAGACAUUGAACGACGAGAGAAACAGGGACUGCCGGCUAUUGAUCCUUAUUGUGUGUCCCCUGAAACCGUACAACUGCCCUCAGAGGAAGAAAUUGGCAACACUGAAAUCAUUAUAUAAAGUUUGCUUCUAGUGUUUUGAGUGUAGGAAUGGCAAAAAUGUUUCAGAGCAUUUUAAAUUAUUUAUGAAUGACAAUGAAGUAUGGUGGUAGAUUUUGGAAAUGAAGGCAGAAUACUAUACAGCUUGUUGACAUUUGAAAAAAAAAUAAGAAAAGAAGAUGUAUUGAUUGUCAAUUCAAACGAAAAUGGGUGACAGAUAUGGGCUACAUUGUGUGUUGAUGCAUUUUGUUUAAUAAAAAUACAAUACAAUACAAUACAA